GGCCUUGUGAAAAAUCUUCUUUCUCAUCUCUCGAUCCGAAACUGGGCCCCUCUUCUCUCUUAUCUCAACCCGAAUCGGCCAUGGUCGCCGUCGCACCACACUCUCCCAAAUCCACCAUCAAAUUCCUAUGCAGCUACGGCGGCAAAAUCCUCCCUCGCUAUCCCGACGGCAAGCUCCGUUAUCUCGGCGGCCACACUCGUGUUCUCUCCGCCCCCCGCUCCAUCUGUUUCUCCGAGCUGUUGUUGAAGAUGGGGGACUUGUGCGGCUCACCUGUUAGCCUCCGUUGUCAAUUGCCGGCGGAAGAUCUUGAUGCUCUGGUCUCUAUCACCUCCGACGAAGAUCUAGCUAACCUCAUCGAGGAGUAUGAUCGUGUUGCGUCGCCGUCCUCCGCUUUAAAGAUCAGAGCCUUCCUUUCACCGCCAAAAUCAUUGAGCAAGGUUUCCUGCUCUUCUUCCUCCUCCUCGUCCUCGUCGUUGUCUUUGUCCAAAUCAUCCUCAUCUACGUCGUCUUCGUCGUCGUCAUCUUCAUCUCGCAGUCUUACUGCUGCUUGUGGUUGCUCCAAUCUUGAUUCCAGCCGGAGGUAUCCGGUGAUGCCGGCCACGGCGGACCGGUGCUUCCGCUCCGUGUCGGCGCCGAUGAGGGCCUGUCCAAUUUGCAGAGGAAAGUCUUCUGGGAUGAAUAUUCCGCUUCCUCACUGUGCCUAUCAUGCUCGGAGAAACUCUGGCCACAUUUACCUUAUCCACAACGGGAACCAUUGGCAAUAGUGCUGGAGUAAUUUACACAUGGACCUAUGAACAUGAGAAGCAGAUCUCAUAAUAGAAACGAACAAGAAAAGGCGAAAGAGUUUAAAAGUCAUACAUAUUCCAUUGAAAAAUAUUCCGAGAUAUAUGAUGUAUAUGAAACUAUAAAUCGUUUAAAAGGAUUGCCGUAUUAGCUCAGUGAUACUUCAUCGUUGAUGAAUUUUCAGUCCAUUUUUCGUUUUGGUUGCAAAUAUAUGAUGGUGAGUAUUUUUCCCUCCCUGUGGGUGUGAUUUAUUUUGGUUUUUUUGGGUCUUCCUGGGAAGUUAAUUCCGUUGCCAAACUGCUUCCAUGAAGGUUGGGUCCUCGUUUUCGCAGUUCCAACAAUCCUGCCAGUGUUUGCCCCGUCAUCCUUUUGUUCUCACUGUGCGCUUCAAUGUUUGGUGACCCCAAUUCCAUUUGCUUUGGUGAUGCCCUUAUCUUUUUUGUCAUUUGUCUUUUCUUCCUGAGUUUAUUGAUACAAAAAAUGUUAUAUCAAUAUAUCAUAUGAAUAAUAUACUCUUCCGAUCCUAUGAAUAAUAUACUCUUCCGUUUGCAGGUUCAACCAAAAUAAUCAGGAAGGCACGGCCAGGACUCUCUCGAGAUGGAUUUUGGAGACUGCCACUGUAAGUACCUACACAACUAAAUUUCUUUUCCCAGAAAAUUCUGACCAGAUAGUAGAUUUGAUAGCUACCAUUACUCGUGCGGUUUCGCUGAUUUAUCUGUUCAAUACAUUUGGGUAGCUAAUGAUGAUGAUCAAUUUUAGAUUUGGAUAUGGGGCAGAUUAAAUUCAAAUGCCGCUGUGAAGUCCCAUCAAACAGGGGGAUGUGAAUCAAGCUGAGAAGAACCUUGACAUGGGGACCAGGACCUCUAUCUUGAAGCACCUUUGUAGUGGAUAUUUUUGUUUAUAGAAUAUCCGAGAGGUGCAUUACAUGAACUGAUAAUGGAAAACCAUCACAGAAUAGUAGGAACAUUAAGCUUCAACAGAGCAACCUGAUUAAUUAACAAGAAUAAAUGCAAAAGCUAUAAAAAGAAACAGUGAAAGAACCUUAAUAAUGAAGGGAUUGUGCUUGUGGCUUCUCCAAACAGAUAUGGCAAAAAGACCUCCACUAAUGUAAUAUUCAAAGCCAAGAUUCCCCUCGCUUUCUGAAUCUUGGAAAGAUGUGAAAUCCUCACACACCUAAUUCUCUAAAGGACCCAAAAUUUAUUAAUUAACAUUCUAAAUAAAAGCCGAACAAAUUGAGAAA